CGUUUCUUGGGAGACUAUGAAGGGCAAUGAAGGAGCGAGACGAGGAGGAGUUCAGUUGGAUGUGUACUGAGAACUGCCACGUGUGAAGUGUUUACCAGCGAGUAUAGAAAGUUAUGUAGUCGCAACGGUUUUUAGGAAUAGGGGGGGGAUUCCGGCUGUAUUUUGGAUCGACGACAUUGUAUCGUCUUCAACAACUAUAAAUUCCAAAAAAUAUUCUCUCUCUUGCUUUUUGGAAUUUGCACAUGAAAACGCUUAGAAAUGGCGGAAAAUAAUACAACACCUUUCGUAACAAUGACCAUUUAGCCAACGCUCUCUUUGUCUCUCUCUCUCUAUCUCUUCUUGUUUCUUGUCUUUAUAGUCAUUGUUUUGAUCACACUUCGUUUUCUUUCUCUCUUUCUUCUUGGUAAUGACGAAGACGAUGAUGAUCAAAAUUGAGAAGGGAUUGAUAUUUUUUCUCUACCUGAUUUGAUUGCACAAUUGUAAUUAAGUGAGUGGGUGUGAGAGACAGAGAGAGCCAAGGGAAAAUGUUCAGGUUGCACAGGAACCGGCAUGCGAAAUCAGGGGAGAAAUUUGAUUUCAAAUUCUCCAAUUUCAAGGCCACCCAGGUGCCUAAAGGUUGGGACAAGCUAUUUGUAUCUGUAAUUUCUGAGCAAACUGGGAAGGCAAUUGUCAGGUCAAGCAAAGCACCAGUUCGUAAUGGAAGUUGCCAGUGGACUGAGUCUUUAUCAGAUUCCAUUUGGGUUUCACAAGAUGAAGUUUCUAAGGAGUUUGAGGAUUGUAAUUUCAAGCUUGUUGUGGCCAUGGGGUCAGCAAGAUCUAAUAUUCUUGGAGAGACUAUGGUCAACAUGACAAAUUACAUAGAUUCCAAAUCUUCUUCUGCAGUCUCACUUCCACUGAAAAAGUGCAACCAUGGAACUAUUUUACAAGUGAAAAUCCAGUGCUUAGCUCCAAUAUCAAAAGUAAGGAGUGGAGAAUUUAAACAUACAGAUUCUCCAAAACAAGACUUCAAAAAGGAAGGUCAUGACUCAGAUAGCUGCUCUGAUAUAACAGAUAGCCAAUUGUCGAGAAGUAUUGGAUCUUCCUCUGGUGCAGAUUUAUACUCUAGUUUACAUUCUGGAGAAGCUAGCAGCAAGGAAGCAAGUUUCUCUGCUUCCUAUUCACAGCUCAGCAAUUCGUCAUCUGAGGUUUACGAAUCCGUAGAGAAUGACGCUGCAAAAAACAAUUAUAGUGAUAUUCAAAGACAAGAUUCGGUGAGCUCACAGAAUAGUGCUCCUUGUUUAUCUCCUAAUUCUGUAAUUACUGGUUCAGCAGAAGCAACGACUAUUGAGGAACUUCGUGCUGAAGCUAGGAUGUGGGAGAGAAAUUCCCACAAACUGAUGGCUGAUCUUGAUCAGUUGAAGAAAGAGUUUUCAGAUCAAUCUGAAAACCAGGAAAGUUUACAUGCUGCACUUUCAGCAGCGACUGCAGAAUGUGAUGGUUUGAGAAAAGAACUUGAGCAACUGAAAUUGGUGACUGAGAAGUCAAAACAGAGACGGACAAGCAUUGAGGAUUUAUCAUAUCAGGAUGGGGAACCACACAUCCUAAAUGAAUUGAAGGAUGAACUGAACUUCCAAAAAGAAACCAAUGCUGAUUUAGCUCUGCAGCUAAAGAGAAGUCAAGAAUCAAAUAUUGAGCUUGUGUCCGUUCUUCAGGAGCUAGAAGCAACUACAGAAAAGCAGAAACUUGAGAUAGAGGAACUUUUGGCACGGCACCAAAAAGAUGAUGAUAUCGAAAAUAUUAAUAAAGAAAACAAGAAAUUGGUGCUUCAGUUAGAGCAUGUGAAGGAAUCAGAGAAGAAUCUUCAAUUGAAGGUUGGGGUUCUGGAGAGAAACUUGGAGGAAGCAAAACUUGAUUUACAGAAAUCUGAGGCCUCAAAUCAAAGAUUCCCUCAGGAUACUGAAAGGCAAUACGAUAGUCUGCAAAAUUCUGAGGAAAAUGUGGGGUCCUUACAUCAUGUAAACAUAAAUCUAGUGAAAGAAAUUGAAAUGUUGAAAGAAAAAGUUCUGGAGUUAGAGAAGGAUUGUAAUGAAUUGACAGAUGAAAACAUAGAUCUCUUGUACAAGCUUAAGCAAGCAAAUGGCGACUCUAAGGGGGGAAGUUUGGCUCUUAACUCCACAGGUGAUGAGCUUCUAUCUAAAUCUUUUGUUAAUUUUGGAUUUGAAUCUAUGAAACACAGACAUUCUGAACAAAUUUCAGAAGAAAAAAUUGAGAAAAGUCCUAAUGUGAUUGAGAAUAACGAUUUCAAUAAAAAACCAGAGAGUAUGAAAUUUGAGCUGGAAAUCAUAGUCGAAGAGCUCAGUAAAGAAUUAACUUUGAAAAAGCUGGAGAUUGAAAAACUUGAGUCUAGCAUUUUAUCCAAAGAUGACGAGAUUAAGAUCCUCGAAGGUUUGCAUAACAAAUUGCAAGCUAAGUAUUCUGAUCUCCAGGAAGAAAAAAAUCAGAUCGAUGAAAAGAUGAUGGAAGUCAUGCUUGGAGAAAGUGAUGGCAGUUCUAAAGGCUUAAAUGGUCUGCGAAAUGAAGUAAAGGCGCUUAGCAACAGUGUGGAUUUGCAUGUUUCUGCAAACAAGCUUCUUGAAAGUAAAUAUUCAGAGCUUCAAUUUAAAAAACAAGAACUUGAUCUCCACGUAUCUCAGAUUGAACAGGAACGCAUACGGUUGUCAGAAAGCAUAUCUGUUUUGGAAUCUCAACUAAAAUACAUGAUGGGCGAGAAGCAGUCAAUUCGCCUUGAGUUAGAAGACUCUAAGUCUCAUGCUGUGAGUCUCCAAGAUGAGUUUGAUAAACUGAGACUCGAGAUAGAGACAGAAAAUGUUGAUUUGAAACAAAUGUUGAAUGACUUGCAAAACCAGUGUGCAAAGGCUCAAGAUCAAUGUGAGUACCUGCAGAGAGAAAAAACGAAGUUGGAGGCUGCAGCUGAGCAUCUCGUUGAAGAACGAAAUUUGCUUAAAAAAUCAAAUGGAGAGCUGAAGAACAAGAAUUUCGAGUUGCAUGAGGGUUAUUUUCGCUUGGAAUCGAAAGUGAAGGAACCGCUUGAAAGGUCUGCACAGUAUUUCAGAAGAAUUGAGGAUUUCGAAGAUUAUCUCUCUCUUGGGUUGGAGGAUUUCGCCUCAAAAGAAAGAUUCCUAUCUUCGGAAUUAGAUUCAAUCGUUGAAGAGAACAUAAAAUACAAAGAGAAACUUGCUAUGUUCGAAAGCUUGUCUAAUGAAACAUAUUGGGAGAAGGCAACUGAAGCUCAAGAACUUCAUGGAGCCGUUGUGCAUCUGACCAAGCAACUUUCAGCAGCCAAGAAGGAUUUCAACAUCAUGCGAAUGGAAUCUGAUGAAAAUUUAACGGCUCUGAUUAGUGAACUUUCCGUGUCAAAACAAAACCAAGAGACACUGAUAGCUGACAAUGAAAAGUUACUGAAGCAGUUGGAAAAUUACAAAUCACUUGAAGUUGAACUUAAGAACUCUGUCAAUGACCUUGAACAAAAGCUAUAUGUUUCUGAAAAAGAAAGACGGCAGAAUGAGGAAAACUUAACUAACUUUAAAGUUCAGUUGCAAAAAACAGCCCAUUUUCAGGAUGAGGUUUUUGCAUCGAGCAAUAAGCUUGAACAGAAAACUGUUGCUGAAUUAGAAGACAGUAAACAGAGCCGAAUUGACCUGGAAGAAAAGCUUCUGAGAAUAGGGAGUGGGUCAGUAGUGGAAGAGACAUCAUUUCCAGGGAUUGAUGAUUUAAGAAAUGAGCUCUGCGAGAUUAAGAGAAUGAACAGUAAGUACCAACAGAAACUGAAAAUACUUGAGGAGGAGAAAGAUGGGUGCCUAAAAAGAUCUCAAUCCCUUGAAGCUGAACUGGAACAUUUAAAAGAAGAAAAACAGAUCCAACGGGAGUCUAGCAGUGUAAGGAUUCAUAGUCUUUCCAAAACCAACGACAAAAACAUGACCAGUAAAGACAUGAAGCUUCUUAAAAAUGGUGCGGUAAAGACAGUUGGUCAAAAUCACAGUGGGAAGAAGAAGCCUAAGGACCCUAACAGCAAUCAAUCUCAAUCUCAAAUUAAGUAUCGACAGGAUGAUAGUGGAUGUGAUAUUGAUGAUGAAGGGCCUCACGUUCCUGAAGCUAAAUCAAUUUCAAGAAUUCAGAUGCUCGAAAAAGAACUUGCUGAGGCUUUGGAAGCAAACAAGAAAUAUGAAGAUCAGCUGAGCAGGCUUGUUUCAGACACUCAAAACAACAAAGAAAAUUCUCCCAUAUCAACAAUUGAAGGCGAUGUUGUAAAGACAAAGGAAGGAUACGAAAGCCUUAACUCGGAUCUAGAGGCGGAGUUAAAAGACAUUCGUGAGCGGUACUUCCACAUCAGCCUUAAGUAUGCAGAAGUCGAGCAUCAGCGAGAGGAACUUGUUAUGAAGCUCAAAGCAGCCAAGAACAGCGGAAGAAGGUGGUUCUCAUGAAAGUCGAUACAAAAAGUGCAUGUAUUAUCUUUUUUUGGUUAAUACACACCAGUCUCAGGGACACUUCUCCAUAAGUCAUUUUUCAGUUCUCAAAUGACUCGAGAUUGAAUCCUCCUGGAACACUGGUUUUAGGCUAACACCAAGAGAUCACUAACAUGGAAGAGUACAUGGUUGUUUGAGAAGGGAGGAGAUGGAGAGUGAUGAAGAAUUGAAGAAUAACCUGAAGUUGAAGAAAUUAGUUGGCUCUGCAGUUUCCAUUGUUUCAAACAAGUUAAAUUUUGUGUAAAAAAUAAAGGCAAUGAUGUGAAACAUGGCAAUUCUAAUUCUAUUUUCCACUAGCAGAAUGCUGAAAUUGAUAUCUUCCGUGACCCUAUCUUUUCCAAAGAGCCGUAUAUGAGUACACAACUCUUGGAGUCGUUACUCUUCGUAUAUUUUUCCUUCAUAUAAUAGUCUACGUAGUGGUGAUGGCGUGAUUGAUGUUGGAAUUUGUAGAGAUCUAUAAUAAAUUUGUAAAGCAGAUUAGCUCACUUCAUUUUUGGUAUAAAAUAAUAUUCUUCUGUUGCUUCCUCAGGUAUCCAUUUGUCUUGCUAACCUCAUCACUUGAAUAUUUUGCCUCUUAUCUUCCUUAUAACAACUAACUAAUGGUGUGACCGAAGCCUUCUCCAAGUGCCCAGACAUUACGCCAUAGAAACUGAAACUGAGCUUUCAAGACAAGCCGAUUACGAUACAAUUAUGGUAGUCGCGACUCUCAUAAACCCAUGGAAGAUACAGAGCGCUUCUUACAGAUUAUAAGGCUGAAAUAUUCAGUUGAUUCAGGUUCAUUCCCCCUCUAUCUACUUUGAAGAGACACAAGCCACUUACAUGGUUUGUAGGGGUAGCUCUGUGAAGCAAAAGCCUAAGGUAGGGUUGUUGAGACAUGAGAGGCAAAUACAAUACAGAAAAGGAACAAAAGAAGGGAGAUAGUGUUGUCACACUUGGAACAAAAUAAGGUGGUAAGAGUAUAUCCCUUGGAAGAUGCUGAAUUUCUUAAUGUUGCCUCCAUUUUUCACUCUUUUUUUUUUUUUUUCUUUUUUCCAUGUCAUGCUUUACAAAUAAGUUUUCCUUUUAACAAGAAAAGUGACCACACACCAAGCUUGGGGUCACGUCAGUCUCUUAAUUUGCCUUUCUUCUCUGCUCUGCAUAUCUCCUAUAACAACCAAUGCAACUUCUUUAGCAAACCCUCUUUACAACAACACCCAACCCCAUCACCACUUUCUUCCUCCACUCUCACCGGCCACUCCAGCAGUGGCCGGCGGUGAUGGAGCUUUCACUUUUGGUGGGGAGAUGGAGUGAAGUUUAGUAUGGUAUGAUGAUGAAGGUUUGUUGAAAGUUUUGUGUGUCUUCUUCAGUGGGGGCAGAAGAGAUGUUUGUCAGUUCCUCUGGUAAGGGCAACUCCCAUCCUUUGGCAUUUCUCCAAAUUCCCAGAAAAAGAAAAAUCUCACACUGUUCUUCGCUUCUCCUGAUAUGGGCAUCGAGAAAGUUCAGUACUUUUGGACUCAAUAACUUGAAUUAUAUUAUAUGCUUUUUUUAUUUACUCUUUGGUAUACUUUUUUAUUCUUGAUUUUGUAUCCUAAUAAUGCAACGCUUGGUGGUAGCUUAUUGAAUAUAUAUAAAAUAUAAUAUAUAGUUAUGGCCACUUGAAUAUUAUCAA